AUCUGGCACAACAGCGGGCACCGAGUCAUCUGGCAGAAUAGCGGGCCCCGAGUCAUCUGGCAGAACAGCGGGCUCCAGGUCACCAAGCUCGACAGCGGGCACCGAGUCAUCUGGCACGACAGCGGGCACCGAGUCAUCUGGCACGACAGCGGGCACCGAGUCAUCUGGCACGACAGCGGGCACCGAGCCAUCUGGCUCGACAGCGGGUAUUGGGUCAUCUGGCUGGACCACGGGCACCGGGGCGCCAGGCUGGACCACGGGCACCGGGGCGCCAGGCUGGACUACGGACACCGGGUCAUCAGGCAGGACAGCAGG